UUCCCCCAAGAAUGUGAACUGUGAAGGAAAAAUCUAAAACCCUACGGCUCGUGCUCUUUGGUAAAUCCCCGAAAUUUGAUUCCUCAAUUUGUCAAUUUUACCCCUGAAAAGAUGCAAAAUUACCCUUAACCAGCCAUGUCCUCCGAGGAAAUCUCCCUCCAGAACGGACUCAACGUCUUCCAAGACGACCCGUUACGGGCCUUCAAUUGCGGACCCACCUCCACCGCGACCACCACCACCCGACCGGGCCCUAAAACCCGAGAACUCACCGGCUUCAUCGACGACAAGAUGUUCUCCUUCCCCCCUUCUCAACCUCCUGAUUUUCGCUCCUCCAACAUCUACGCGGCCGCCGCCGCUGCUGCCGCCGCUUCCGCAGACCGCCGAGACCCGCCCACGCAUCACCAUCGAAAUUGGGGGAGCAGCGCCGGAGGUGGUUCCACGCACAGCGGCGACGACGAAUCCGACGGAGACGAUGUCGACGACGAGGAAGACGAGGAUGACGAUGUCGAUGACGAUGAAGGAGGAGAUGGCGACGAAACUGCUAAUAAUAAUAACAGUAGUGAUAUUAAUAUAAAUAAUCAUAAAAAUAAAAUUAAUAGUGGAAAUGAGACUGUAAAUAAUGCAGGAACUACAAAUCCCGAAAAAAUGGGAAAUGGAAAAGCAAAGCAUUCCUUUGUGGGAGAGAGCUGCAGGGAGUUGGUAGUGAAGGAAGGAGGGAGUGGUCUGGGGCAAGGGGUGAGAGAGAGUAACAGUAACAAUAAUUAUCAGAAUGCGGUGACGAUUGCGGAUCCGGAUGGGGAUAUUUAUUACACACAGUAUUUGCAAGGUGGAGAAGGGUCUGGUGGUAGUGGUGGUGGUGGUGGGCAGAAGGAUAUUGUGGUGGAGAAUGGUGGUAGUGGAUGUGGGUUUAGUGGGAGGAAAGAUGUUUCCUUUUCGAGUGAGUCCGGUGAGUCCUUGCGGGCCAUUUUGUCCGAUCCUGUCACGGGAACUCUCAUGGAUGAUGCAAUGAUAUUACCUUGUGGACAUUCCUUUGGUGCUGCUGGAAUACAGCAUGUUCUUAGACUGAAAGUUUGCUACACUUGUUCGCAUUCAGUAUCAGAGGAGUCGGUGGCUCCAAAUCUUUCUCUCCGAGCUGCGGUGCAGGCAUUUCGUCGGGAAGAAGAGUUACAGUUCUAUCGCUCACCUAAAAGGAGGAGAGACAGAUUUGACCAGGAUAAGAGCAACUAUGGUGACUCAAAUAUGAUGGAUCCUCCAAGGGGUAGAGGUGUCCAGUUUCCAUUUGCUGUGACAGAUCGGGUUAUCAUAAAGGGGAACAAGAGGACACCACAGCGCUUUGUUGGACGUGAGGCUGUUGUAACAACACAAUGCUUGAAUGGAUGGUACGUUGUGAAGACAUUGGACAAUGCAGAGAGUGUUAAGUUGCAGUAUCGGUCACUUGCCAAAGUUCCAGACGAUCCAUCCUCGAAGCCAAUGGCAAGCAAGAUGGGACCAAACUGGUUGUAGACCCGCAGUUCAUAAGAUGGUCAAGUGAUACUUUGUUCCCCGUGUGCCACGGUUCGAUAUUUAAUCUAACUUGAAAUAUUUCUCUGUAUCAUUAUUAUAGUGUUUCGUGAAAACCAAGAUUUGUGGUACGAGCCUUGUAAAUUAUAGAAAAGCCUUGUCUCACAUUGUAGCUUGAGGAACCUUUAAUGUUACAUGCAAGAGUUGAAUAUAUGUAAUCAUUUUUGUUCCAUAUAUCUGAGCAGAUAUCUUUGUAUUUAACAAAUAGCCAGUGUACAAAUAUGAAUGCAAUGCCAUUGUUCUUCUGUCAAA